AUUAUUAUCUACACCUAGUACAUAUAAAUCUAUGUUGUUGUAUUUGUGUUAGUCGUUCGUAUCCUUACAUUCAUAUUUUGCUACAGCGGCUAUAUUUGCAGAUUAAUUAAAACGAAUUUAAGGAAAUUAGAAAAUGGAUUCUUUACGUGAACAAGUUAUGAUAAAUCAAUUUGUAUCGGUGGCUGGCUGUGCACGAGAACAGGCCAAACAGUUACUACAAGCAGCACAUUGGCAAUUUGAGACUGCAUUGUCGAUAUUCUUUCAAGAAGUAGCAAUACCAUCCGGAGCAAAUGGUAUAGCUGCACCACAUUACCCUCAGCAACUCAUGACGCCGUGUAAUACUCCUGCGACGCCGCCAAAUUUCCCCGACGCGCUGGCAGCGUUUUCGCGGCUGUCGACCACCGGCAGCCCGAGCAACGCCGGCGGGGGCGGCGCCAGCGGCAUGGCACCCCCCGUGUCACCCCUCGCCACGCACCCCCCGCCGACGCAAAUGAAUACUUUUGCUGGUUCUCCUAAUCCGCAGGCUAACUAUGCCGCGCUGUCCUGUUCGACUGCAAUCUGCAGGGAACAUAUGCCAAGAUAAGCAGAAGUGUAGGCUAGAAUCAUCUAUAAUUUAUUUUUCUAAUGGUGCGUUGUGAGCUGUGGACUUGUGAAUAUUAUUUCCAACACCCCACCACAGCUUUGGUUUGUUGGACAAUAUUUGGGGUGCUAUAGUCAAUCAAUCAUGUUAAACAUAAAACCAUUCACAUUUUAUAGUGGUUUCUGUAACAAAAUGCACUAUAGAUAUUAAUAAUAGAGUAUUUGACAUUUUAAAAGGGGCUUUAAUGGUUUUAAAAACUGGUAUAUUCUGUUGCUUUAAAAAUAGCAUUAGUUGCCUACAGGAAAACUAUAACGAUGUAAAAUUGGCUUAACUGUACUAAUAAUUAUAAAUUUGUUUAUAGUUUAAUUUCAAAUAUCAUCUGUAUGAGUGUUUCAGCAUUUGGUAGGACUUAACAAUAAUUUAUAAUUAUUAUAAUAUUAUGAAAGUAUUUUUUUCAAUUUACUCUAAAAGAGAACAUGAAAUUUCAUCAAAUACCCUAUUAUUAAUUUAUGUUAGGUACAGUUUUUGAUAUCCAUAGAUACUUAUCACUGUGAUUUAAUAAAUUGGUAUCGUGAUUCAUAACUAUGUAGUAAAAUAUGUAAUAAUAAAAAUUAUAAUAUGGCUGUAUGAUAGUAAUUAUUAUGAAAGAUGAAAUCAUUGUUGUUUUUUUUUUGUUUAAAGUUAUAUCAUAUACUUUUCUAUACACUAUUUACUAGCUAGCUAGUAUCAUUUAUAAAUCGAAAUCCUUUAAUGUGUUUAUUCUGCAAUAUUGUACAGCUUCAAAAGACAAUAUAAUUAUUAUUAUUAAACCAUUUAAUUGAUGAAC